UCUAAGAUAGCUGAUCAUGGCUGCAAAGACAGUUAUAAGGAGGGCCGACCCUGCUGAGCUCAAGUCCAUUUUCUUAAAGAAAGAAAACCUGAGGAUUAAUUUUAAAAUGAAACCAGCACUGUAUGGAACUCAUAUAUGCCAGUGUUGAGAAAAAUGGCGAGAGCUACAUGUCUCCAGAGGACUUUGUGUACAAGUUCCUUCAUGCACACACAGCCAUAAAGCUGUCCAAGGAGGCCACAGGUCUGGUGGCAGGUGUUGUGAACCAAACCAAAAAUGGGCUGAUCUCCUUUCAGGAGUUUGUGGCCUUCGAGUCAGUGCUGUGUGCUCCAGAUGCACUCUUCAUGGUUGCUUUCCAGCUCUUUGACAAAACUGGCAACGGAGUGGCCACCUUCGGGGAUGUGAAACAAGUGUUUGGCCAGACUACCAUUCAUAAGCAUAUCCCAUUCAACUGGAACUCUGAGUUUAUUCAGCUUCAUUUUGGUAAAGAAAGGAAGAAACACCUCAACUAUGGGGAGUUCACCCAGUUCCUGCUGGAGAUGCAGUUGGAGCAUGCCAGACAGGCAUUUGCACAGAGAGACAAGGCAAAGAGUGGCACCAUCACUGCUCUGGACUUCAGGGACAUCAUGAUCACCAUCAGGCCCCACAUGCUCACGCCGUUUGUUGAGGAGUGCUUGGUGGCUGCUGCCGGUGGCAGUACAUCACACCAGGUCAGCUUCUCCUACUUCAACGGUUUUAACUCUCUGCUUAAUAACAUGGAGCUUGUUAGAAAGAUCUACACUACCAUGGCCAGCCAUCACAGAGAUGUUGAAGUCACUAAAGAGGAGUUCAUCAUAGCUGCUCAGAGGUUUGGUCAGGUGACCCCCAUGGAGGUGGACAUCCUGUUCCAGCUGGCUGACCUGUCGGAGCCGCGUGGGCGCGUUGGUUUAGUGGACAUCGACAAGAUCGCCCCACUGGAGGAGGGAGCCCUACCCUACAACCUAGCGGCGGUCCAGAGACAGCAGUCUGGUGGGGACCUGUCCCGCUCUGUUCUGCUUCAAAUAGCAGAGUCUGCGUACAGGUUCACCCUGGGCUCAUUGGCUGGGGCUGUGGGUGCUACGGCUGUCUACCCCAUUGACUUGGUGAAGACACGCAUGCAGAACCAGCGCUCCUCGGGCUCCUUCAUUGGAGAGCUUAUGUACAAGAACAGCUUCGACUGCUUCAAGAAGGUGCUGCGCUACGAGGGCUUCUUUGGCCUCUACAGAGGGCUGGUACCGCAGCUUCUGGGUGUGGCUCCCGAGAAAGCCAUAAAGCUUACAGUAAAUGACUUUGUAAGAGGAAAAGCCAUGCAGAAAGAUGGCACUGUCCCAUUGCCCUUUGAAAUCCUGGCUGGUGGAUGCGCUGGAGGCUCACAGGUAAUCUUCACGAACCCACUAGAGAUUGUGAAGAUCCGGCUGCAGGUGGCUGGGGAGAUCACAACAGGGCCACGCGUCAGCGCCCUUUCAGUCAUGCGUGACUUGGGCUUCUUCGGUUUGUACAAGGGUGCGAAGGCCUGCUUCCUGAGAGACAUCCCCUUCUCAGCCAUCUACUUCCCCUGCUACGCGCACGUCAAGGCGGCCCUGGCCGACGAUGAGGGUCGGGUGGGGCCUGGCAGGCUGCUGCUGGCUGGGGCGGUGGCGGGUAUGCCUGCAGCAUCUCUGGUGACCCCUGCUGAUGUUAUCAAGACCAGGUUACAAGUGGCAGCCCGUGCAGGCCAGACCACAUACAGUGGACUGAUUGACUGUUUCUGGAAGAUUCUACGGGAGGAGGGACCUCGCACCUUCUGGAAAGGAGCUGCAGCACGAGUGUUCCGCUCCUCACCUCAGUUUGGCGUUACGCUGGUGACCUAUGAGCUGCUGCAGAGAUGGUUCUACAUCGACUUUGGUGGACACAAGCCAUCUGGCUCAGAGCCACCUCCUAAGUCUCGCAUCAGCCUGCCGGCGCCCAACCCCGACCACAUUGGUGGAUACAGGUUGGCUGUGGCCACAUUCGCAGGCAUUGAGAAUAAAUUUGGACUGCAUCUACCCAGAUUUCAAGUUACUGGCACACCCACUUCAGACCACCCUUGAGGCUAAUUGGUCCACCUUUGGGUGGCAGUACUGCACAUUACAUUGUAUGGAAACACACAUACACACACAAAUGCUUGCUCUUCCGGCUCAUUUCUUUAAACUUAUUUUAUUAGUGCAAUGUUGAUACGAAACAAUGUUUUUCACCUUUUUUAUGAUUUGUUCCUACAUCAUCAGUUAUUCGUUGGAGAGUUUAAUGUGUUUCAGUUGAUAAGUAAAUUGUGAAGUGGUUUAUUGUAUUCUAGGAUUUCAUUUGUACAGCUUAUUUUUCUAUUAUUGUCAGUAAGAUAGUGUGGCAGGCAGAAUGUCCCUGGGAAAUGUUUUACUUGAUCAGUCACUUUACUCUUUAGUUCUCAUCCCCUGAAUGUAGACUAUCCUGGACAGUAGUUUUUUGGAGGUGGGUAAUCAAAUGAACAAGAGGAAAAUUUGAUUAUUCAAGCUUUGAAAUGGCAAAUAAUUUUUGGAUGCAGCUGUAAGAUAGAGAUGUAUUUUUUAUGUACCUGAUCUCCCACUUUCCCCCUGUGUAUUAACUCUCAACAUACUUCAGAGCACUUAGUGAAAUAAGCACUUUUGAGAUGGAGUUCAAAGUAGCACUUGAAGGGAAGACUUAUAAUUGCUGAAAUCUGUAAUCUUCAACUGCUAUGGAAAGGGUUACAUUUGAAUGUCAUGUACUUUCCCGGACACAGGUUCUGUGUAGUCUUAGACUGAAUGUACUCUUAGCAGGGUUUCUCCACUCAAAAGGGGUUUGGUCUGGGACUAGGCUUGAUCUGUGUGCCAAAAAUCAUUCUUCAGUGUUCAUGUUUGUGAAGCACAAUGCACUGUGAAGGGAUUACUUUACAUCUUAAAACUCACUUGUCUUUUUGGAUAGAUUCUCUAAAGUGUUUGUAUUACAUGUUUGGUAUGAACAUUUUCAGAUUAGGCCUAUCCAAAUAUAGUAAUUUCCAUGAUAAAUUUUAAGAAAUGAUAAAACUCUUAUUUAUUCAUUUGGUUUUAUUUGUACAGUGUAGUAGAAUGUACAUAUAGUGUGUAAUGAUUGGGCCUUACUGUAAGUACGGCAGCAAUAUGUGUAAUGCUAAUGCAGAGAACAUGUUAAUUAAAAUGAGGUGGAAAAAACCAA